AUGUCAAGAAGUUUGUUCCUUCGUAUUGUUGAUGUAGUGAAAGAUCAUGACUAUUACUUCCAACAACGAAGUGAUGAACUUGGUAGAAUAGGAUUAUCACCGUUACAGAAAGUAACAGCUGUUUUUCGCAUGUUGGCAUACGGUCUAUCAGCAAAUGCUACAGACGAAUACAUUAAAAUAGGAAUGUUAGGAAGUCUUGAUUGCAUGUAUUGGAAAUGGAAAAAUUAUCCAACGGCAUGGUCUGGGCAAUACGCAGGACGAACCAAUAAUGAUAUCAAUGUGCUGGAAUCAUCUAAUCUAGCUCAAGGUAUUGCUCCUCCCACUCACUAUGUUAUUCAAGGAAAAGAGUAUAAUAUGGGUUAUUAUUUAGCUGAUGGAUCAACACGUUUUUGGAAAAAACAUGUAUUACAUGACAUAAUGACUGCAUGCAUUAUUAUGCAUAAUAUGAUAAUCGGGGAUGAACGUGAUCUUUAUGCACCAAUUCAAGAAGUGAGGGAAGCACCAACACCAGAAGUUGAUAUUAUAGCAGAUGAAACUACAAGAUUUAAUCAAUUUAUUGCACGUUACAGACAAAUCAAGGAUAAAGAUGCUCAUAUUGCGCUUAGUAAUGCAUUGAUAGAUCAUCUAUGGGAGGAAUACACUAAUUCAGAUAGCUAA